AUGAAGCUGGACGAGACCAUCGCGCUGCUCAGACAGGGCAAGCACGUCUCCGAGGAGACAGUGUUCAAACUCUGCCUGCGCGCGCAGGAGCUGCUGAUGAACGAGGCGAAUGUAACGCAUGUGGACACGCCGGUGACAAUAUGUGGGGACAUCCACGGCCAAUUGCACGACCUGCUGACACUUUUCGACAAGAGCGGGGGCGUGGAGCACAACAAGUACGUGUUCUUGGGGGACUUUGUGGACCGCGGGUUCUACUCGCUGGAGAGUUUUCUGCUGCUGCUGUGCUACAAGCUGCGGUACCCAGACCGAAUCACGAUGAUUCGAGGAAACCACGAAACAAGGCAGAUCACCAAAGUGUACGGGUUCUACGACGAGAUCGUGCGGAAAUACGGCAACAGCAACGUGUGGCGGUACUGCUGCGAGGUGUUCGACUACCUGGCGCUCGGGGCGAUCAUCAACAACCGGGUGUUUUGCGUACACGGUGGGUUGUCGCCGGAUGUGACCACGAUCCAGCAGAUCCGGGCGAUCGACCGCAAACAAGAGGUGCCACACGAGGGCGCGAUGUGCGACCUGCUGUGGAGCGAUCCGGACGAUGUGGAAACGUGGUCGUUGUCGCCGCGGGGCGCUGGGUUUCUGUUCGGGAAGAACGAGGUGGAUCAGUUUCUGCACACCAACGAUUUCGAGCUCAUUGCGCGCGCGCACCAGCUGGUCAUGGAGGGCUACAAGGAGAUGUUUGCGGGCGGGCUGGUGACGGUGUGGUCCGCCCCGAACUACUGCUACCGAUGCGGGAACGUGGCGGCGGUGCUGCGCAUCGAGGACACGCUGGACCGCAACUACAUGAUUUUCGAGGCCGUGCCCGCGCAGGACGACGUGGGCAACGCGAUCAUACCGAGCAAGAAGCCGCAGAUGGACUACUUUUUGUGA